CAUCCAGAUCAAUACCCCAAUGACACAAUUCUCAUCACAACAAACGGAUUGAGGUUACCUCUGCUCCAAAAAGAAUAAACACAGAAAUACACCUUUCUAGUUUUAUCGAACCAACGGUUGAUAAAAAGCACGAAACUGCUUUACAAAGUGUACCCCAGUCCAGGCAUAGCCCGCAGCGUCUGGGCUUUGCCACAGCCAACUUCCUGUAAUAUGGUGGCGGAUGCCGAACACCCUGCCGCCUCUGAUCAAGAAAAAGAUGGGACCGAUACGGCGGAUAUCGUGGAACAAACUCAUAGGAACAUAUUUGAUUUGGUCAAGACAGGAGAUCUACCUGACGUAGAGGAAUAUGUAGAAAAAUGCGGGGUGGAGGUCCUUAGAGCUAGAGAUGAGUGGGGUUAUACUCCUGCCCAUUGGGCUGCUCUUGAUGGCAACGUGCAAAUUAUGAGAUUUUUUAUAGAUAAAGGAGCCCCAAUAGACUUACCUUGUCUGGGUACUCAGGGACCUAGACCCAUACAUUGGGCUUGUAGGAAAGGUCAUGCAGCUGUGGUUCAAGUUCUUCUACAAGCAGGUAUAGCAGUAAAUGGAGCAGACUUUAAGGGUUUAACACCCCUAAUGACGGCUUGUAUGUUCGGUCGAACAGCUACUGCAGCAUACCUUCUAGGAAUGGGAGCCUUCAAUCAUCUGGUGGAUGUUAACGGAGAUACUGCGGUGCACUGGGCAGCCUACAAGGGCCAUCCAGAUCUUUUAAAGCUCCUCAUGUACUCCGGAGCAAACUUACAGAAACCUGAUCAUUUCGGAUCAACUCCUUUACAUCUGGCCUGUCUAUCCGGCAGCCUGAGUUGUGUGAAGUUACUUUGUGAGAAGAAUGAUAUCGACUUAGAACCCAAAGACAAAAACGACAAGACCCCUCUAAAUCUAGCCAUAGGACACAGACACAUGGAUAUCAUAGACGUACUUCAUGCGGCCAUUAAACGUAGAUCCGGAUGGUUUCCUCCAGUCAGUGAAAUAUGGGGCUUGCUAUUUGGUAGAGCAGGCAAUUCCAAAGCGCCUCUACUGUUUUUUAUGUCGUCGGUAUUGCUAUGGGGCUAUCCUAUGUAUGUUAUAAGAGUGAUUCCCAUAACCUGGAAUAUACUACGCGGUUCCCAUUAUUGUUUCAUCUACUGGAACGUCGUAAUGUGGAUAUGCUGGAUCGUAGCCAACCGCAAGAAUCCAGGAUACAUCCCUACCAAUUCCGAUUCUUACUACAGAUGCAUCAAACAAAUUCCUUAUUUCGACAAAUGGAAGAAACGCAAUUCCAUGUUGAAUAGGCUGUGUCACACUUGCCGAACACUGCGACCCAUAAGGGCCAAACACUGUAGAGUGUGUAACAGAUGCGUUUCCUACUUCGAUCAUCACUGUCCCUUUAUUUACAACUGCGUUGGGUUGAAGAACAGGACUUGGUUCUUUCUGUUUGUAAUGAGCGUCGCUAUUAACUGUUCGUUCACGAUUUAUUUCGCUACUUACUGUAUAGCGAUAGAAGGGUUUGGGAUUCUGUAUAUUCUGGGAUUGGUAGAGGCGUUCGUUUUUUCGGGUCUGGGAUGGAUACUAACUUGUACUUCGAUACUCCACGCUUGCAUGAACUUAACUACCAACGAAAUGGUUAACUACAAAAGAUACCCUUACCUAAGAGAUAAAAGAGGGCGAUACUACAACCCUUUUUCCAGAGGUCCUAUUCUGAAUCUUAUAGAAUUUUUUUUCUGCACACCGGAUGACUUGGAAGAAGAACCUUGCUACGACUACAUUUGA